UUACGGAUUUCUCCUCCGCCUCUCUCUCUCUCUUUCUCUUGCUGCCCUUCAGGAAUCACAGUUCUUGCGCAAACCCUCCGCCUGCCGAUUCCGCGGUCGAAACCCUCAGUCGAAUCCGCAAUGAUCUGCGCAAUCUCUGGCGAAGUGCCGGAGGAACCCGUGGUCUCCAAGAAAUCCGGGCUUCUCUUUGAGCGGCGGUUGAUCGAGCACCACAUUGCGAGUCACGGGAAAUGCCCCGUUACCAAGGAGGACCUCACGAUAGAUGAUCUUGUACCUGUGAAGACCAAUAAGGUGGUGAAGCCCAGACCCUUGCAAGCUGCAAGCAUCCCUGGGUUGCUAGGAAUGUUUCAGAAUGAAUGGGAUGCUCUAAUGUUGUCUAAUUUUGCUUUGGAGCAACAAUUACACACGGCGAGGCAAGAGCUAAGUCAUGCCUUGUAUCAGCAUGAUGCUGCAUGCCGUGUCAUCGCAAGGCUGAAGAAGGAAAGGGAUGAAGCCAGGGUGCUUUUGGCUCAGGCUGAGCGACAGAUCCCUCUAUUAACGGCUUCAGCUGCUAAUGCAACAACUAUUGUCAGCAAUGGGAAAAGAGCUGCAGAGGAUGAGUUGGGUCCUGAUGGAAAGAGAAUUCGUCCUGGUAUUAAUCCUGCUAUUAUUGCAGAACUUACAGAAUGCAAUGCUUUGCUUUCUGGACAGCGGAAGAAGCGGCAGAUCCCAGCAACAUUGGCUUCUGUUGAUGCGCUGGAGAGAUUCACUCAGAUCUCUAGUCAUCCUCUUCACAAGACUAACAAGCCAGGCAUUCUUUCUAUUGAUAUUGAUGCUUCCAAGGACAUGAUUGCAACGGGGGGUUUUGAUACGAAUGGAGUACUUUUUAAUAGGACAUCAGGUCAGAUCUUAUCUACACUUGCUGGCCACUCAAAAAAGGUUACCAGUGUGAAAUUUGUGCCUGGUAGUGAAGUGAUUGUAACUGGGUCAAGUGAUAAGACUGUUCGUGUUUGGCAAGGGACUGAAGAUGGUAGUUAUGAUUGUCGACAUAUCUUGAGGGACCACACUGCUGAGGUGCAAGCUGUUACUGUUCAUGCCACUCAAAAGUACUUUGUGACUGCUUCCAUGGAUAGUACUUGGUGUUUCUAUGACCUUUCUACUGGAUCAUGCCUCACUCAAGUUGGUGACGCUUCAACAGAGGAGGGAUUUACUUCAGCUUCCUUUCAUCCUGAUGGUCUUAUUCUUGGAACAGGCACCACUGGAGCCAUUGUUAAGAUUUGGGAUGUCAAAUCUCAGUCAAAUGUUGCGAAAUUUGAUGGGCAUGUUGGAUCAGUGACCGCUAUGUCAUUCUCUGAGAAUGGUUAUUUCCUUGCGACUGCAGCUAUGGAUGGUGUGAAGCUUUGGGAUCUUAGGAAGCUAAGGAACUUCAGAUCCUUUGCUCCCUAUGAUCCAAAUACGCCAACAAACUCUGUGGAGUUUGACUUCAGUGGGAGUUAUCUUGCUAUUGCAGGCUCGGACACCAGGGUGUACCAAGUAGCCAACGUGAAGUUGGAGUGGAAUCUUAUCAAGACGUUCCCUGAUUUAUCUGGAACAGGGAAAGUCACAUGUGUUAAGUUUGGAGCUGAUGCAAAAUACAUGGCAGUGGGUUCCAUGGACCGAAACCUACGGAUGUUUGGUCUUCCAGGGGAUGACUCAGAGGAGCCGAGAUCCCCUGAUAAUUAAUGAGCCAAAUUGCCAAAAUCUCAAUGAUCAGGUGAGUUAUGCCUCAGCAAUUUUUUUUUUUUUAAAUUGAUGUUAUGGAGGAGCGGUUAGACACUGCCUGCCCAGCAUUAUUGUACACUUCUUUGGGAGUUCCCAAGUGCAAGCUUAAUUAUUGUCGAACACGACCAAUGGAAUCAUCUAACGUGAAUUAUUUUGUAGUUUUGA